GUUAUCUUGUGGGGGGAAAUGAGCAGAAGGCCAAGGUCCAGAACGCGCAGCAGAUGCUUUACAAGUCAACCUGAAGAAGCCAGCAGUAGUGAGAAUACCAAUGUGACGCUCUCAGAGCAUGAAAAUCCUCUUUCCCACAGGUUAACUCAAUCAUGGAAGAUGAUCCUUCCCACAGUGUUUGUAUCGACUUUUUUCCUUACAGGACUUCUAAAUCACCUGUGGCUUAAAGAAACAGAAUUUCCUCAGAAAUCCAGACAAUUUUAUGCUGCAAUUGCAGAAUAUGGUUCAAGGCUCUGUAAUUACCAGGCCAGGCUUCGUACACCAAAAGAGCAACUGGAACUUUUAAAGAAGGAAAGCCAGACCUUGAAAAACCACUUCCAUGAAAUUUCAAUUUUGAUUGAGCAAAUGGAUGUUCUGAAGGCCUUACUUAGAGAUAUGCAGGACGGUCUGCACACUUAUAACUGGAAUGCCAACGGAGACCCCACUGAGGUCCAGGAUCACAUGGAGGUCAAUGAUGAGGAAAUCUCAAACUUGGUAAAUUACAUACUUAAAAAGUUACGACAAGACCAAGUCCAGAUGGCUGAUUAUGCCCUUAAGUCAGCAGGAGCCUCCAUCAUUGAAACCGGAACCUCAGAAAGUUACAAAAAUAAUAAAGCAAGGCUGUAUUGGCAUUGGAUGGGCUUCCUAAACUAUAAGAUGCCUCCAGACAUCAUUCUUCAGCCGGAUGUCCACCCUGGAAAGUGCUGGGCCUUUCCAGGUGCCCAGGGUCAUGUGCUGAUCAAGCUUGCCAGGAAGAUCACGCCAAAUGCAGUUACCAUGGAGCACAUCUCAGAGAAUGUGUCUCCCUCAAGAAACAUCUCCAGUGCGCCCAAGGAGUUUUCUGUCUACGGCAUCUUGAAACAAUGUGAAGGAGAAGAAGUGUUCCUAGGUCAGUUUGUAUAUGACAAAACAGGAACCACUGUUCAAACAUUUGAGCUCCAGCAUGAAGUUUCUGAAACCUUAUUAUGUGUAAAACUUAAGGUCCUCAGCAACUGGGGACAUCCAGGGUACACUUGUUUAUACCGGUUCCGGGUCCAUGGCACCCCAGGAGACCACACCUAG